AUGGAUCCCUAUGAGGCUUUAUAUGGGAGAAAAUAUCAUACGCCCUUGAAUUGGUACGAGCUUAAAGAUCGAGAAGUGCUUGAUCCUGAGUUGAUUCAGGAAGUGGAAGAAAAAAUUCAAGUGAUUCAGAAUAAUCUCAAAGCGGUAGCUGAUAAACAGAAAUCAUAUACUGAUCUUAAGAGAAAAAAGAUAGAAUUUCAAAGAUAUAGGUCUGGUCCUUCCAAUAUUAUGACACUAGAAAAGAUAGAAGUUCAGCCUGACCUGACUUAUGAGGAAGAACCGGUACAAAUAUUGGCUCAUGAGGUGAAACAGUUAAGGAACAAGACUAUUCUAUUGAUAAAGGUAUUAUUGAGGAAUCACAAGGUAGAGAAAGCAAUGUGGGAGCGUGAAGAGGACAUGAGGAAUCAUCAAGAUAUUGUUGCCAUGAUAAGAGUUUUGGAAGGAGCUAUCAGAUGGGUUGACAGAACUGCAAACAUAGAAGCUGAUAGCUUAGCUAAGGCUGAUAUUGGGUAG